AUGGCUUCAUCAACAAGCAUGGUGAUGGCAGAACACAUCGAGGAACGCACUUGGUUUGAACGUGGUGAAAGAUUGAUGUAUCGUGUAGAAUCCAAUCGCCGUGAAAGUUUUGAAACAUGGCCGUUAGCUCAUCAUUUAGAUAUUUUUGAAUUGGCUUCUGCUGGAUUCUAUUAUACCGGAGUUGCUGCGGUAUCAAUACUUGAACAUCGAGAAUUUUUAAGUCUUUUUGAUUAUGUACCACCUUCGUACCCUGAUCCACAGCCUGAGAUUGAUGUUAAAACUGCUGAGGUUCGACAAUACUUGACUUAUGACUUACGCCUGAAAUCAUAUGAAUAUUGGCCUAGGCACAUGAGCCAGACAAAAGAAAAGCUAGCUGAGGCCGGAUUUUUCUACACUGGUAUUGGUGACUACGUUCAGUGUUAUCACUGUGGUAAUGGUAUAAAAGAUUGGCUCCCAAAUGAAGAUCCAUGGGAAGAACAUGCACGUUAUUUUAAAGAAUGUUAUUUUGUACGUGUUAUCAAAGGACAAGAAUUUAUUGAUCAUUUUAAAAUACCUCAAACCGAUGAUCAACCAUCAGACGAUGAGGAAGAAGCAGAAAGUAUAUUAUUUUUACCAUGUAGACAUUUUGUUUCUUGUGGAAAUUGUUCAACUGAUUUGAAAAAAUGUGUUAUAUGCAGAGCAGAUAUUGAAAAAGUUGUACGACCAAUUGUUUCAUAA